GAUUGCGCUUUGUUGGUUUGCUAGCUUGUGUGCCGGAGACUAGGGGAGGAGCGGUGUCAAGUACUAAUGGAUCCCUUUAGCAAUAUGUGGGUUGGGGAGAGAGUUACCGAACCGGGACAGGGCCAAAAUAAGAAACUGGAACAGGAGAAAUUAUCUGGGGUUGUGAAGAGUGUGCAUAGGAAACUCCGCAAGAAAUACAGAGAAGUGGGCGACUUUGAUAAGAUCUGGCGUGAACACUGCGAGGAUGAAGAGACACUCAGUGAAUAUGCAGUUGCCAUGAAGAACCUAGCAGACAACCACUGGGCGAAGACAUGCGAGGGCGAGGGACGCAUUGAGUGGUGUCGUAGCAUUUGCCAAGAGUACUUUCUAGAUGGUGGGAUGAAGAGAAUGCUUGAGAAGGAUGAAAAAAGUGCACGCCUUGCUGUUGCCAUGACCACCACAACGCUGCAUGUGAAUCAGAAUAAUGCACCACAGACCCAUUGCAGUAGUGAAGAGAUGAAUAACUGUAGCUGCACAUAUGGGACCAGCCUUGCAGGAGGUGGCAGCCCGCUGGAGGCUGUUGAACCAUCGUGGUUGGCUCAUCUAUCAGGAAAAAUUCGUUUGUUGGAUGUUGGCAGCUGCUUCAACCCAUUUCUGAAGUUUGAUGAAUUCCUAACUGUCGGUAUUGACAUUGUGCCUGCAGUUCAGAGUGUGUACAAAUGUGACUUCCUCAAUCUUCAGUUGCAACAGCCUCUCCAGUUAGCACAAGAUGCCGUGGAUGCCUUCCUCAAGCAACUAAAAAACCCCAUUGACGCCCUCCCUGGAGAGCUCUUGAAUGUAGUUGUGUUCUCUCUCCUGCUUUCCUAUUUCCCGUCCCCCUAUCAGCGAUGGAUCUGCUGCAAGAAAGCACAUGAACUCCUGGCUCUGAACGGUCUGCUUCUCAUAAUCACACCCGAUUCCUCUCACCAGAACAGGCACGCAAUGAUGAUGAAGAGCUGGAAGAUUGCAAUAGAGUCACUGGGCUUCAAGAGGUACAAGUAUGUGAAAUUCUCUCACAUGCAUCUAAUUGCUUUUAGGAAAGUCUCCUUAAAGACUACCAGUGAUCUCGUCAGCAGGAACUACCCGGAGAUGCUCUAUAUUCCCCAGGAUUUUAAUAACGCAGAAGAGGAAGAAUACUCGGACGUAGCGGUUCAAGUGCGAUCGGAUCUCGAGGAUGACCAGAUGGCUUACAAUUUUAUGGAACUCCCUGACGCACCUUAUGACUCGGACUCUGGGGAUAGCCAGACAAGCUCGACACCUUUCCAGGAGCUGGAGGACCCCAUCUUACUGCAAAGCUAAUCCACUUCAAAACACAAAUGCCUUUAUUGUCUGUACUGCUGUGCUGCCAAUAUAUUUCUGCUGUAUUAACAUGCUCUCGGUGUGUAACAACAACAAAGAAAAUGCUGUUUGCACAGAAAAAAUAGAAACAAGUUUACAGAAGUUGGCUAUUUUUUUUUCUACAUCUGUCUUAUGAAAAGAAAAGAGAAAUAUAUGUCUGUAGAUGGGGGGCAUUUAUUAAAAGAAUUUGUAACCAAAUGCUCUCAUGAUGCAAUAUAAAUGUUAUCGUUUCUGCUCAUUUCAUUACAGGUGAAUAAUCAAAACCAAUGUUUUGUUGUUGGUGAUACUGGUUGUGAUGCCAUAGGCAGAUGCAAGUUCAGUUUAAUUAACAUUUAAUGCCAAAAAAAUAUUGCAACCUGGAGACAUAAGUGUAUAAUUCUUUGAACUUGGCCCCAAGAUAUUGUUUGUGAAAAAGAUGUUUGAAACAGAACAGAACCUUAUGGAAGAAGUUUUGCUUGCAGUCUAGAGCCAGGCUGUAAUUUGCACCACUUGUGUGUGUAAACGUAUAAUUAGUCUGAUAUAGUUCUUUGUUAUAUUUUUUUGACAAACAAUUUGAUCUGUUCACUUUUGAACAAACUGGUAUUGGCCUUUUCUAAAGGCAAAUGCCAUUUUAACAAAGCAUCUUUUGGCUGCUAGCACUGGGAACUAUUUUUUUGUUGGAGUAGUUUCUUAAAUAAGUUGAUGUAACAUUUUAAGCUUUACAGGCACCUGCAGAGGUGCUUAGUGGGUUUUAAUUGUACUAAUGUGAUUACUGUACAGUAUAAGUUUUCAUGGUACUUGCAAUGCAAACCAUUUAGAAUGUGAUUCCUCUCCACUGUAGCUACUAGCCAGUUUGCACUUUUUUUAAGUAUUAAUUUACUGAACCCCUGAAAAUCGCAUUAAAAAAUGCUUAUAAAAUGGCACAUUUUAAUGUAAGAAUUAUUAUUAUUAUUAUUUUUUAAUAGUUCUGCACACUUUCAAUAUGAAACAGUUUGGAAAUACUGAUUGUUUCAAGCAGCUCUUUGAUGUAUCUGCCAAAAGUUAUUUGGGACAAAAGUAAUUUUGAAAUGCCUCAGUGUGGAGUGAUCCAUGUGUUGUACUUCUUGAAAAUGAUUUACCUCAUAAUGAGGUUUUGCACUAAUACCCUUUGGUCUCAGAUAUAGCUACUUUUUUUCUUUGAGUUUAUUUCUGCUGUAGCUUGCUGUGACCUAAAAAGAAGUACUGUAAUUUACAAUUGUGGCAAGAGUUUGGUUGUAGUUCCAAAUAACACUAGUAUUUUAGCUUGUAAUAUGUUGCACUUGUUAUUAAUUUCAUAUCUGUGGCUAGUCGAACCUUCUGUUUGGUCUUCAUUCAUGGCACUUUAUUUGGUAUUAAUUAACUCGAGUGUCAAAACCUUUAACUAGUAUUAUUGUAAUAGGUACGUUUUUAAGAAAGGGAAACAAAGAAGAAAAAAACAAUACAAAGUUGAUUCCUAUUGUUAAUAAGAUGUUGCGGUGAAUUGGUGCACAGAGGUAUUUACCUUAUAGAGCACAUUAGUCUUGCCCCUCAGGUUACAGAUACAAGGUAUGCUAUGUGCAGAGUUCACAGUAAAGUAUACCCCCCUCAUUCUACAACAAAAGUCUUUCUUUAAGGUGCCUUCUUACCUUUGCAGAAGGUUGUACCCGUCGAGAACGAAGGUUUGCUGUUAAUGCAGUGUACGUUGCACAGUAUGCCAGUAUGCACUACAACUGGCUUGCCAAAUAAGUUGUGAAUCUCCUAGGCUAUGUUUCUUAAAUAUAAUUAGAGCAGAACUGGUCUCUUAGGUUAUUCACUUAAUUACCCCAUUUCGAUGGGGGUUAAUGUUUUAAUAUAUUUAAGGUCCAGUCAUCUUUUUCUGUUAUGGUUACUUUGGAAGCAAAGGGGUUGAAGAAAGCAAGCUUUUCCUUUUCCUUCAUAGAAACCAUGCUGAAUGAAGUAUUUUGGACUCGCAUUAGACGUCAGCACACUCUCAUAUAUUCCAGUAAGCUCAAUAUUUCAAUAUCUUUCAAAAUACUUACUGAAGAUUUUUACUGUGGAGGCAAAGGAUUCCUGAUAUUGUGGAAAACCUAAACUAUUGAUAUUGGAUAUAAUAUUUUAUUAAGACAAUUUGGUAUAUGUACCGUUCUUUUUUUUUUUUUUUUUUUUUUUAUUGUAUUACAAUAUCUCUGUGCAUGACCUAAUUCACUUUCGUUGUAUAAGAUAUCUAUUUUGACUAACACAGGGCACAGAAGUACUUGUAUUGUUCAAUGUUUUUUUUUUCUUUUUAUACAUGAAUGUUAAUGCAAUCCUGCUGUGUGGUUUAUUGUCUCUCAUAACUAUCUUUGUUCGGAAACCUAAACGAGUAUAAGCAAUAAAAAGAUGAAGCUGUUCUUCCAUGCUGUAUCUACUUAU